AUGCACAGAUAUGCAUGUAACUCUAAGAAGAAGAUCAUGGAACUGAUCCAAGCGUCUAAAGUGGACGACCCGGACAACCUGAGCACCGGCAGCCACAGCGACCAAUCAUCUUCGGGCAGUUCGGCCGACUUUGUGGUCGAGUUGAGCGAACCCGUGGCGCCGGAAGCGGUCACCGCUGAAGAGCUAAUCGCCGACAAAAAACAGCUAACAAUCUUCGGCUACCGAUUGGCGCAAAUCAAAUGGACAAACAUCUUGUGGCUGAUUGUGAUCCACGCGCUAACGCUAUACGCCUACUGUCACGCUCUGGUCAAUCCCGUCAAGACCUGGACACUUGUGUUCGUCAGUGUCAUCGGCCUGUUGUCCGGCUUCGGGAUGAGUGUCGGCGCUCACCGGCUAUGGACUCACCGGUCGUUCAAAGCCCGACUCCCGUUGAAGAUAUUUCUGGCACUUUUCCAGACAAUGACAGUCAACGGCAGUGUGUUUUCGUACGCCCGCGACCACCGCACUCACCACAAGUGGUCUGAGACCGAAGCUGAUCCCAAGAACCCGAGCCGUGGCUUUUUCUUCGCCCACAUCGGGUGGUGGAUGUUGAAGAAGAGGCCCGAAGUGAUCAAAAAUGGUCAGAAAUUAAAUUUUGAUGAUUUACUCGACGACUGGGUGGUCAGGUAUCAGCACAAGUUGUAUUACCCGUUGGUUGUGUUGUUCGGGUUCGCGGUGCCGACGCUUAUACCCUACUAUUGCUGGUCAGAGAGUUUGUUGACCGCAUUCCUGGUGUGCGGUUGUCUCCGCACAGUUGUCGUUCUGCACCACUUGUUUACCGUUAACUCUGUCAGCCAUUUCUGGGGCGAUAGGCCGUAUAACAACGAGAUGAGACCGACUGAGAACCGUUUGGUCGUUUAUUUAUCAAUGGGCGAAGUUCACGUCAUUUUCGUCCAAUAUUUCAUAUGCAUGUUUCCGUUAAUUUAA